AUAUGUGCAGCUUAUAUCAGUAAUUUGUCGUGGUUAGUUAGAGCUUCAAAGUGGAGGGGGUCGUAAACGUAAAACUAGAUCCCAUCCUUGUAUCUAUUAUUGCUUGCACAUAUAGUGUUAUCAAUCCGAUGUCCUCAUGUUCUCGUCCAUCCGAGAUUCAUUCGAUCUUCGAGUACAAGAGAGCGUCCUGUUCUAGUUUACGACGUGCUUGUGAAAAGAUCGCCUCAGUCGGUUGCGCCAGUGGCCCCGACGGCGCGGGGUUGCUCAACAGACGCGAUGACGCCAGGCUGAACAUUUCUUCUACCGCACGGGGGGGAAGGACCUUCAAUCAAGACACGCAGAGGUUGGACUCCCAGAGGCAGGUCUCUUCAGACGUCCCGCCGAUUCUUUGCGGAAAGCAGGUUCUCUACGGUUUCAAAUUACUGGAAGACGCAGUUAUGCCUACCAAACGACUCAUCUCAGACGAAGCCAGCAGCACUGGUGAGCAAGCGCAAGAUCUGGUUAAAGCGGAAACCACGAAUUCUAUCGACACAGCUACAUCUUCUGUUCCUGAAGAGCCCAAACAUAAGAAGUCACGGGCCGCACCCAAAGGAGCCAAAGGAAAAGUGAAGGCUGAAGCUAGCGCGGGAACCAAGCCCAAGAAAGAGGGCAGCUCCGACAUUACCAUGGAUCCGAGCGGAGACGUUACGAAUCGCCUUCAUCGCUCCGUGGACGAUAUGGCCUGGGCUCAAGCUGUUUUGACAACUGGCAAGAAGAAGAAAGAAGAGGCCACCAAGGCAACAAAAUGGACCAAAGAAGAUGAAGCCCUCCUUGUCGCCGUUAUGGUCUUCAAUCCCGACAAACCGCACAAACUAAUCGCAGAAGAAUAUCUCAAGGUAGCAGUGGAAGCAAAGACGGAGCGACAAAUAGGCGACAAAAUCGCGAAGUUGAAAGGCCGAUUUCAGUCCAAGUAAAUUUGCUCAAUACUUCCGGUCGUCGAUAUUGGGAAAUCUGCCGUACACUACUCAAUUCAAGAAUACCAACUCAAGUAAACUGCUCGAUACCUCUGCAUUUUCGAUCAGGGGAGAUCCUCCCUCAGAAUGAAAUGCAAUGGAGAGUAUGUGAGGGCAUUAGGGGCGGAAAUGUAAAAGCACCGCAGCUUGCAAGUGAAAGCCUGGUGCAUGCAAUGGGGGGGCAAUGCUGUGGUUAGCCUUCGGCUAAUUAAAUGUUU